CGCUCUCCACAGUCGGCAGCCAUGUGUCCGGCCGCCCCGCGAGCGUCCGCAGUGCAAUUUCUCGCGUUGUGCGCGCUGCUGUGUUCCUUGGCCGGCGCCUGGGAGCUUACCAUUCUGCACACCAACGACGUGCACAGCAGGCUGGAGCAGACCGACGAGGACUCGGGCAAGUGUGUCAAAGCAAGCCUCUGCGUGGGCGGCGUGGCAAGACUCUUCACCAAGGUGAGGCAGAUUCGCAACACCGAGCCCAAUGUGCUGCUCCUGGACGCCGGCGACCAGUACCAGGGCACCAUCUGGUUCACCGUGUACAAGGGCGCCGAGGUGGCGCACUUCAUGAAUGCCCUUUCCUACGAUGCCAUGGCCCUGGGAAAUCAUGAAUUUGAUAAUGGUGUAGAAGGACUGAUGGAUCCACUUCUCAAAGAAGCCCAAUUUCCAAUUCUGAGUGCUAACAUUAAGGCAAAAGAGCCUCUAGCCUCUCAAAUAGCUGGACUCUAUUUGCCAUAUAAAAUUCUUAAUGUUGGUAGUGAAGUUGUGGGAAUUGUUGGAUACACUUCAAGCGAGACCCCUUUUCUCUCAAAUCCAGGAAAGAAUUUAGUAUUUGAAGAUGAAAUCACUGCAUUGCAACCUCAAGUUGAUAAGCUAAAAACUUUAAAUGUGAACAAAAUUAUUGCACUGGGACAUUCUGGUUUUGAAAUGGAUAAACUCAUCGCUCAAAAAGUGAAGGGCGUGGAUGUAGUGGUGGGAGGACACUCCAACACGUUUCUCUAUACAGGUACUCCACCUUCCAGAGAGGUGCCUGCUGGAAAGUACCCAUUCAUAGUCACCUCUGACUAUGGGCAGAAGGUUCCUGUGGUCCAGGCUUAUGCUUUCGGCAAAUACUUGGGCUAUCUGAAGGUUGAGUUUGAUGAAAGAGGAAAUGUCGUCACUUCAUAUGGAAAUCCCAUUCUUCUAAAUAGCAGCAUUCCUGAAGAUCCAAAAAUAAAAGCAGACAUUAACAAAUGGAGAAUAAAAUUAAAUAAUUAUUCUACCCAGGAAUUGGGAAAAACAAUCGUCUAUUUGGAUGGCACCACUCAAUCAUGCCGUUAUAGAGAAUGCAACAUGGGCAACUUGAUUUGUGAUGCGAUGAUUAACAACAACCUUAGACACCCAGAUGAAAUGACCUGGAACCACGUGUCCAUGUGCAUCAUCAAUGGAGGCGCCAUUCGGUCACCCAUCGAUGAGCGGAACAAUGGCACAAUUACCUGGGAGAACCUGGCUGCCGUAUUGCCCUUUGGAGGCACCUUUGACCUGAUCCAACUAAAAGGUUCUACCCUAAAGAAGGCCUUUGAACACAGUGUCCAUCGCCAUGGCCAGUCCACUGGAGAGUUCCUGCAGGUGGGCGGAAUCCAUGUAAUGUAUGACCUUUCCCAAAAACCUGGGAACAGAGUGGUCAGCAUAGAUGUUCUUUGUACCAAGUGUCGAGUACCCACUUACGAGCCUCUCAAGAUGGAUGAAAUAUAUAAGGUGGUUCUCCCAAACUUCCUUGCCAAUGGUGGAGAUUCAUUCCACAUGAUAAAAGAUGAAUUACUAAAACAUGACUCUGGUGAUCAAGAUAUCAGCGUGGUUUCUGAAUACAUCUUAAAAAUGAAAGUAAUUUAUCCAGCAGUUGAAGGUCGGAUCAAAUUUUCUGCAGGAAGUUAUUGCCAAGGAAGCUUUUCUCUAAUAUCUCUUUCAUUUUUGGCAGUGAGCCUUGUUUUAUACCAGUAG